AUGUUCAGCGAUGACUUACGGAAACGCAACAUGGGUCGUUUAUUCUGCAUCUCACAAGAAGGCUCUUGUAGUCCUAGUGCAACCUUUAUUUCCACUACACGUGGUCAAAAGCUGCUAUUGUAUGGUGGCUACACGUUCUUCAGGCGCGGCUACAUACCAGCCCGCGGCUCUAGAUACGACUGUACCAGUUAUUUCUGCACGAACUGUAAAGCUCAUCUUCACGUCGACACCAACGACAUGAUAACAACGGCUAUAAAAAAUGUACUCUAUGUUGAUAUUUAUUGUGUUACAGAUUGGAGUGUCAUUAACAUUUCAGAACAGAAAAUUGUUCAGCCACCGGAAGCUUUGCCUUCGUCAGCAACCCAGAAAAACGAUAAUUGGAGUGUCAUUAAUAUUUCAGAACAGGAUAUUGCUCAGCCACAGGAAGCUUUGCCUGCAUCAACUACCCAGAAACACGAUAUAAUCUUAGCGAAAACAACAACUGGAGGCACGAUGCUCGUCUUAGACGGGUACACCUUCAGUAAGAACGGUACCAGAAAGAACUACACUAGGUUUGCUUGCUCCAAGAUACUGAAGCAAUGCAAGGCCUUCGUGGACAUGACACAAGAGAGAAACAUAUUGAGAGCAAACACUACACACAAUCAUAAUCGACCUUAUUACAUGAUCAAUAAAAACGCUUGGCCAAUCGAUACUGCGCAAACGUUGAGUAUUGCUGUCACCUUCUCACCUGCCAUACCGCAGCCUCAGACACAGACAAUACCUUGGCCGGUGCAGGUCAGUUCUGAUAAACAGGAACCAAGAAAGACUUCUAAACCUCCGACACCAUUAGCCCUGGUGGCAUUAGAAGGACACGAUGAUAUCCGUUUCAUCAAACUUCAAUGUGGUGUCACUUUACUUUUGAUCAAGGAGUACAGUUUCUAUAAAAUACACGGUCAGAUGUACGCGGGUGGCUUUCGUUGGCAGUGCACAGGAAAGAAAGACUUCAAAUGUAUAUUGGUCAACAGGCCCACCGGACAAGGAUUUAUCUUCAGAGGGCACAUGUUUUACAGGCACUUUCGUAUCAAGAACGGGUUCCGGUGGCGAUGUUCCAAGUUCCACGCGUCGAAACCUUGCAAGGCGUACCUUCAUCUUAGCAACUCCAACAUCGUCACCAAAGCUAACUUGGAACACUGUCAUCCAUAUCCACAGUUUAAAGUUACCGCCGAUGGAGUUUACUAUGCUAUUUAUUGAUUUGAAUUAUUGUUCUACUGAUCAGUGUGGAUGGACUGACGAUUUGUUUUGCUAACGUUAAUGAAAUUAUCUUAUGUCAAUAGAAAGCUUUUUUGAUACAAUAUUUGUUAUUAGAUCACAAAAUAGCAAAACAUAUAUCACCAUUGUUUUGUUGAGAUUGCAUUAUGCUUGGUAUAAUGCAGUGGUAAAAUUCAAUUAAUCGAAACGCCAUUGAGGUUGCAUUAUUACGUUUACCUUAGCAGAAUCGAAGUCCUGGUCAUUCCGAUUAAAUUCAAUUUAACACAGAGAUAUAGUAGAAUUUGUAAAAACAAACAAGUAAUAGUCGGUGGUAUCUUCGAAGGCCCAUCGGGACGAAAGAUCCUGGUCUUCAAAGGCUACACAUACAAUGAAGAUCUUACUGACAAAGCCGGUGUUCUACGUUGGAAAUGUUGUCAGGUCAAGGAGAAGUGUCCCGCUUACAUUGUCAUGAACAACUUCAAUCAUCAGAUCGAGAAUAAAUUCAAGCAUUGCCAUAGACCGAAGACUAAUGUGCUAAAGUGCGCUUUCAACAAAACUAUAUUUAAACCGAAAAUGAACGCACGAUUGGUCGUUUCACACGAGGGUGAACUUCUGGAUAGCGUCGGAGAUCACAACCACAAGAAACCUGUCGUCGUCAAAACGGAUGAUGGAACUUAUAUGAAAGUUAGGGUGUCUUUACGACGAUAG